GUUACACUUAGCGGCCAUCUUGCUGUCAGUCUGUGCGGAAGCCGCUCCUGUGUUCGGUCAUGGCGGCACGGCUCCCGGCCUGUGUGGUGGACUGUGGAACCGGAUAUACGAAACUUGGAUAUGCUGGAAAUACCGAACCUCAGUUUAUCAUCCCGUCAUGCAUCGCCAUCAAGGAGUCGGCCAAGGUUGGAGACCAAGCUCAGAGGCGUCUGAUGAAAGGGGUGGACGACCUUGACUUCUUUAUUGGGGACGAAGCUAUUGAUAAACCGACAUAUGCAACUAAGUGGCCCAUUCGUCAUGGAAUCGUGGAAGAUUGGGACCUAAUGGAGAGGUUUAUGGAGCAAGUUAUCUUUAAGUACCUUCGCGCAGAGCCUGAGGAUCAUUACUUUCUCCUGACUGAGCCUCCAUUAAAUACGCCGGAAAGCAGAGAAUACACAGCGGAAAUCAUGUUUGAGUCUUUUAACGUUCCAGGCCUGUACAUUGCAGUUCAGGCUGUACUUGCGCUUGCUGCAUCGUGGACUUCCCGACAGGUGGGGGAGCGCACGCUGACCGGCACGGUCAUAGACAGCGGGGAUGGUGUCACUCACGUCAUACCUGUGGCUGAGGGAUAUGUUAUCGGGAGCUGCAUUAAACACAUUCCCAUUGCUGGCCGGGACAUCACUUACUUCAUUCAACAACUACUCAGGGACAGGGAGGUGGGAAUCCCUCCUGAGCAGUCCCUCGAAACAGCCAAGGCCGUGAAGGAACGCUUUAGUUAUGUCUGCCCCGACCUAGUGAAAGAAUUCAGCAAGUACGACACGGACGGCACCAAGUGGAUCAAGCAGUACACAGGGGUGAACGCCGUCUCUAAGAAGGAGUUCAGCAUUGAUGUUGGUUACGAGAGGUUUUUGGGUCCGGAGAUCUUUUUUCACCCAGAGUUUGCCAAUCCAGAUUUUACCCAGCCUAUCUCUGAAGUUGUGGAUGAGGUUAUCCAGAACUGCCCCAUCGAUGUCCGUCGGCCUCUCUAUAAGAAUAUUGUACUUUCUGGAGGGUCGACCAUGUUCCGUGACUUUGGGCGCCGUUUGCAGAGAGAUUUAAAGAGGACGGUAGAUGCCAGACUGAAGCUUAGUGAAGAGCUGAGUGGAGGACACCUGAAGCCAAAGCCAAUCGACGUUCAGGUUAUUACCCACCACAUGCAGAGAUACGCUGUGUGGUUUGGAGGCUCUAUGUUGGCAUCCACGCCUGAAUUUUACCAAGUGUGCCACACAAAGAAGGACUAUGAAGAGAUUGGGCCCAGCAUCUGUCGUCACAACCCGGUGUUUGGGGUCAUGUCAUAAGCAGCUGCAUCAAGGGCUGUCCGAUUUCCACACGAUUGGGGAGCUUGAGGUCAUGAUUUUGCUUAAAGCGCUCCCUGUCUGAGGGGCCUGAAGUGCAGAGCACAGACCCCAGAAGGACACACUUCAUGCCCCUCUGACUUAACCCUGUGUCUAAGUAUCGCCCCCCAUUGAAUGAAUAAAGUAGUACAGUGGGCUUGCCUUCUUUCUGUGCUCUCAUGUUUUCUGCUGCUGGGCUUAGUCUUCAGCCUUCUGAACAUAUAUUGUGCAUGUGUGGGUUUGGCAGAGCUGUGUGUUACAUGUGAAUACAUGUCGUGCUCUACAAGCAGACAGAUGAGUGCGCUUGGUGGAAUAUGGUACACAUGAAGGCCAGGAUUAGAUUGCUGGCUUUUGAACGGUUGUCUUGGGACCAAUGUGCAGCUUUUGUUUUCUCCUCAAGCCCCAGCGGUGGCUCCAGAACUCGAUGCUCUCUCUCUAUCCUCAUCUCUUCUGCUUCUGCUUUCUCCAGACUCGGAACUCUCUGGUUAUUCAUAUUUGUUUUAAGAAUGAUUGGGAUCUGCAGUUUUGGUCAUUUUUGAAUAAAGUAAUUGGCUAAAGUUUUAUUUGUGAAGCCUAAAAUAUUGAAAUAAAGACCUAAAUCUUUGUA